UUUUCUCCGGAAGAUCUCCAUGUCAAUCCCCUUCCCCCCCGAUACCCUCAUUCAUCUCAUCGGCUUGAGGAUCGCAAUGAGAAUAGUCAGGACCCGUGAUGGGAAGAUCCAGGUUGAAUCAUGUCGAGCUCCUUGCACCAAGAAUGGUUACUAAUUAGCUAGGAUGUGCCGAAACCGACGAUGACAGCUAUCUAUCUAGUGAUCACCAUCGCCGAUGGCGUAUGUAUGUCUGUAUGUACAUACGUAUGUACUUCAAGCUCCUGGCUCGAGAUAGAUACGUGUUCCCCUCUGCCACCGUUGCCAUACCGAAUCCUACCAGUGCUUACGUGCAGCUGAGCCAUGGAACCACCACGCCGCAUGGAUUCCAGAAAACUGUCAGAACCAAAGCGGUGCAUCGCACUAGACCUCUAGGUUCACGAUUGACGUGUCCGCCCAGGCUUACCGACGUUUGUAAUCGAGGCAAAGAGCAUCGCCAGAACCGUGAAUCCGACCAUGACAUGCUUUGGGACCGGAUGGCGAGGGUGCAUCCGGUGGUGGUGGACUAUCGAGCGCAAUUGCCCAGUAACCACCCUGUCGGGUCUACCCGCAUGGAUCUUCCUGGUUGGGCUGCAUGGGUCAUGGGUGGUGCUGGAAUUCCGGUAUUUGAGAAGACGUAGGGAGAGCUCCGAGAGAGAGAGCAUUCAUUAUUCAUUCAUCCAUCCAAGGAUAUCCCCCCAGGUCGCGCUAACCCGGCUGGGAAACCGGGCUUCGAUGUGGCAAUAAUCAUCUAAAUCAUAAUAAUAAUGAAUGCCACCUCACCUCACCAC